AUGCUACCACCUUCGCUUCUUGCUCUGCUGUGCGCAGUCUUCACUAUUUCAGAUGCUCAUCCUGCUCCGCAAUCCUCUCCAGAACCGCAUUUUUUUCAGGUAGGGGAUCGACGCCUUACUUCUCGAGCUACCAAAACCGAAUAUAUCGCCUACGCCGUCGCGGGUAUCAAUCAGAUGCAAACAUGGUACGAUGCAGCCAAUGGGCUAUGGGACAACGCAUGGUGGCAUAGCGCCAACGUGCUCACCGUGCUUGCAAACUUCGAAGAGUACUUCCCCGACAUGGUCAAGCCGACGACUGACCUCGUAUAUCCAACAACUUUUGCGAUGGCACCUAACAGGUUCCCCGGCUUCAUCAACGAGUUCUAUGACGACGAGCUGUGGUGGGCUCUCGCUUGGAUCGAAGUCUACGACGUCACGAAGGACGAAAAAUACCUCGAUACUGCUGCAGCGAUAUUCGAGGACCCGAAAAGCGUUUGGGGUAGCACGCCAUGCGGAGGUCUCUGGUGGAACAAAGCCCGAACAGGCGUUGGCGCAGUCGAGAACGAGCUCUACUUGACUGCCGCCGCUAAGCUCGCCAACCGUCGCCCCAACACGCCCUCUAGCGGCUACUACUUUAACGAGGCCAUGCGCGCCUACGAGUGGUUUAUGGCCUCGGGCCUCAUCAACUCCGACAACGUUAUCAACAACGGCCUGAAUCUCCAAACGUGCGAGAACGACGGCAACCGCGUCUUCUCUUACAACCAGGGCAUCCUCCUCCCCGGCCUGGCCGAGCUCACCUGGGCGACGGGCAACGCCUCGUACACCGAGCUCGCCAACACGAUCGCCCUGGCGGCCAUGCGCAACCUGACCAACGCCGACGGCAUCCUCACCGACCCGUGCGACGGCGGCUGCAACUCCGACACGGAGCAGUUCAAGGGCGUCUUUGCCCGCGCCAUCCAGUUCAUGGUCAACCGCGCCAUGGGCCUGCCCGAGGCCACGCGCACCAUCUACACGGACUUUCUGAAGAGGAAUGCCGAUUCCAUCUGGGCCUACAACCAGGUCGACAACCAACUCGGUUUGGUGUGGGCUGGCCCUUACGGGAGGGCGACGAUCAUGACGCAGAGCAGUUCCUUGGACGCUAUUGUCGGCGCGGCUUGUGUAUCGUAG